GUUUGAGCGAUGCACCGCAAUUCCGAGAGUUCGUGGCAAUCACUACAAUAAUAUUUAAAAGUGCGUCCGAUGGCUUUAUUAGCCGUAAGGGGCUUAGCUUUAUUUGGAUACACUGACUUUGGACAACUUGCAAUUUUUUUUUUUGCAUUUUGCACGGUAUCCUGCUGUGUGUUCAUCUGCCGACAAUGACAGACUAAUUUUAUUGUACGCUCAGUUAUGUGCAUGACUGUACAUGUACGAUAGCUGGUGCACUUCUAACCAACAUGGGUCAGACGUUCCUCUAAGUCUUUUGGUAUUAGUUUAUACAAGAUCCCAGUUCUAAACGAACCGACUUUUCCUUCAGUAGUAGCUGAAGGCGGGGCCAUAGUGAUUUUUUUUCUAUGACUGAAAUUGGGUGGUUAAAGCAGUGCUUGAUUAAACGCAUUUAUGCAGUGAUGUCAUAGGUUUCGCUCACCGUGGAAAUUCGUUUCUUGAGCUACGCAGUGGGUAUACACCACCUAAAGUGGAUAUUUAUGGCUGUCUGAACCCAAGUGGAAGAGCCUACUGUAAAGCUUUUUGUUUGCCACAACACUGGGCACACCAUGGAAGGAAAUCGAGGGCGAAAUGACAUCUAAUCCCCUCCCCUGACAGCUGCAGUGUUUCUAAUUUGGGGAAAGAGCGAAGCCAGGAUUUCGGAGAAAAAAAAUACAAUGAAGAAGCGCUAUGUGGACGCUAACAGGAUUAGAAAACUGAAAAGAAAUAAAAUUGCCGAAGGGCUUUCUGAAAGUGCACUUACAUUCCUGAAGUUUCUGGUAGCAUGGCUAUUCAUUCUGGUGGCAGAUUUUAUCCUCGAAUUCCGAUUUGAGUACUUGUGGCCAUGCUGGCUUUUUAUUGGGAGUGUUUAUACUUUUUUUCAUUGCCAUGGUUUGGUGAUUUGUGUGUUUUUUGCAUGUGCUGUAUUCACUUUGGAUGUAUUUUGCCUGAUAUUUGUACCAGUAGACUGGCUGGUUUUUGCAGCCAGUUCUUAUGUCUGGUGUCACUAUGUUUGGCAUACAGAAAGACGAAUAUGUUUCUCCUCCUUAUCUGUAUGGAGUCUUUUUCUAUAUGUAGAAGCAACAUUUCGUUUUAAGGACUUGAAGUCAGUAGAACUAGACCUUUUACAUUUCUUAUCUGCUCACUGUAUUGGCUUUCCAGUUGUUUACUUUGGAUUUGAUGCCACGUGUUACAUCACCAGCAUUGUGAAAUUAAAAAUACAGAAAGAAGUACAAACAGAGAAUGAUUUCUAUGUACAGCUUCUUCAACAAGCACUACCUACUGACCAGCACAUUUUCCUAAGAUAUGAAAUGGACUGCAAAGACGCACUUCCCAAGUGGAUGACAAAUACUGAAUGCUUGCAACAUCAACACCCAAAUGGAGAAAGCAUCGUUGAGAAGAAAUGCCUACUUUCCUUCAUGGAGACUGAAUUGAAAGAGAGGGGGAAGGACACCGAAGCCAUAAAACAGAAUAGCCAUGUUUCUCAGGCAUUGCUGCCUGCUGCCAAUAAAACUGACAAAGACAACUGCUUAAGUAAAAGUUUGACUUGGGAGCUAUUUGGGAGUACUGAAAGUCUACCUCAGGAGGACACUGUUAAUAAAUCCUCAAAAAACUGCAAACCCCCUUCUCCUAAGACACAGCGAAUGGUCAGCAGUAGCGUAAUUUCUGCUGUGAAAAGUGAAAAGAAACAGAAAUGCAAUAUGAAACCUCCCAGUCCUAAUCGGGAAACAUCAGAGAAUGGGCUGUCUGGCAACCAAAACUUCAACAAUGAAUCAAUGCUCAGGAUUGAACAAGAUAUGAAAAAGUUGAAAGCUGACCUGCAGGUCAGCAAACAGAAUGAACAAGAUCUUCGAAAUCAGCUCUGCUAUCAGUCAAAUUGUGAACGCAAUUUGCGCACAGAACUGUCUCAACUGCGACAAGAGAAUGAACUUCUACAGAACAAAGUUCAGUAUUUUAUUCAAGCCAAACAGAAGGAUAAGCACAACAUAAAUCAGCUAGAGAAGCGACUGAGGGCUGAAGCAGAUGCUCGAGCAAUUUUAGAGAAGCAGCUAUCAGACAUGAAGCUAAAGAAGGCUGAAGAAACUACAACUUCUGCACGGCCUAGCCAGCUUACAAUAGUCAACAGGCAAGAAAGCACAGAUACUCUAAAGAAUCGAAUAAAAGAGCUUGAAAAUGAAUACAAACAGAUACACGUUGAAGUAAAAAUGAAAGAUGACCAAAUACGUACACUGGAAGGAGAAAUGGAGGUACUCUGCAGGUAUCGAGACAGUGAACAGGAUGCAGAAAUACUACUUUCAGCACUUACAGCCAUGCAAGAUAAGACUCAACACCUGGAGACCAGUCUAAGUGCAGAGACAAGAAUUAAACUUGAUUUAUUCUCAGCCCUUGGAGAUGCAAGACGGCAACUGGAAAUAGCCCAGGGAAAAAUAAUGAAGCAAGACCAAGAAAUCACAGAACUGAAGCAGAAGAUUGCGGAAGUUAUGGCUGUCAUGCCUGGGAUUACAUAUGCUGUAGCAACUCCUAUUUCUCCCCAUUUUAUAUCAAAGUAUUUAGAUUCAGAAAAUUCUUGACUUAACUCUUCAAAGUAAUUGGUGGAGAAGACAGUAAAAAUGCUGCCUUUCAGUAAAACUCUGACCACAAGACUUGUUUAAAAUACUCUUUAAAAUGCUGCAUAAAUAAGAAAAGCACAAUAUUUAUCUGUGUAAAUUUAGCCAUGGAGCUCCAAAAAUAAGCCAGUGUGUGUUGUUUAGAUUGGCUUAGUUCACACUGAACCUUCAGAAUUUUGUAGAGAGAGACUGAAGCCUGCGCUGCAUAAAAGGACUAUAAUUUGUUACUUGGUUUCAGAACAAGUCAUCUAGACUUGUGUUUUAUAGUAAUUUGUAAUAUUCCAGUUACUGUUUCAACUAUAGAUGUGUUUUAUGUUCUAGAAUAUAGUAUAGGCUAACACAAAAGCAACAGAGAAAUUAAUGCAUGUUUGGUAUCCUUAUAUUUAUGUGCAGUGAAUAUGUUUAGAUUCAUGAUUUGUUUCCAAAAUCAUAGUUGAUCAAAAUUUAAACUGAUUUUAUAAAAUGCCUGUUUAAUUACUUAAAACGUUAUGCUUCCUUAGGGCUGUUUUGAUCACUUUAGGUAAUUUUGAUAUUGUGACCUGGCCACUUAUUGCAGUGGACAUUCACUGCAGUGCAAUUAAUUUUGAUAACUACAGUUCUUAUUUCUGUGAAUGACUCAACAUUUGCAUCUAAGCUGCUUCCACUUUGGAGUAUACUGAUCAGUAUUCCAAACAGUAAGGGCCUUACACUUGCUCUGAUUCUACUUUUUGAAAUAUGAUAAAAUAAGAGCUGUAUUUGUAUGUUUAUUUACUUGUAAAUUAUGUUAUUUUGCACUUUAUUUUAGGAAACUGUUUGGAAUAGUAAUGUUUGAGGUGGGGAGGUCUACAAAACAUGGGUAAAUGUGGCCAAUGGCUAACAACGGUGUAAUAUUACAACAUUCUGCUGAGAUUAUUUACAA